GGAAAAGACGGGAUCGUGAAGACCAACUCCAAAGUUUUAGCAUAUCCGCCUUAUCUACUCUGUUUUGAAUUCAAGUGAUUUCAUCCUAGAUAUGAAAGCUCAUUAAGACGACUGAAAAACGCUGGGAUCAAAACUGAUGUGCUCAUCACCAACCGAUAUGAUGAGAACCACGUCAAGGAUAUUCACAAUCUCAUCGCGUUCUAUCGCCCAGAACCGACGAUUUUUCAUAAAAUGUGGUCAUUUCCGGAGCCGUGUGUCAAUAGCUCAGACACAACCUCCAAGAAUCUCAUCACGACCUCAGCAACACGCUUCUCAAAAACCAGACUUUUCUACACCUCUUCAAUCACGAAUAUUCCCCUCUCUAAUAGUGGUCGGAAUAAUUCUUGUCAGUGGCGGCUACUAUCUUCUCACGCCGCCGUCUCGACCCAACACUCUCAACGAGAUAACCUUUGUUCCCUACGGCAUCACAGCUCGUGAGGCCAUCUCACCAACCUCAUUCGUCAUCACUGCAGUCCCACGCACACCAAACCCUUCUCUACCAUACCUGAACCCCUCAGAUAACCUCUGGAGGUAUCCUCUCUGGUCUGUGGAGUUCAAGCAGCCCGAGGUGCAAAUUUCCCGACAUUAUACGCCCCUGCCUCCACUGUCUACAGAGGAUCCUACGGAUGGCUCGCUACGGUUUUAUAUCCGUACUGUUGGCGAUGGUGAGAUGUCCAACUAUCUAGGUCGAAGACAGGUUGGAGAAGAUGUUUUCCUACGUGGUCCACACGUUGGCUUCGAACUAGCAGAGCGAUUGGGUGACCACUCUCGUCUUGUCUUUCUUGCCGGCGGUACAGGUGUAGUGCCUGGUAUACAAGCAGCUAAGGCUGUCUUGGAAGCGAACGAAAAGUCAAGCGUUGACCUUCUCUGGGCUGUAAGGAAGAGAGAAGAGGUUCAAAAAAGUGCUCCUCCUCGGCAAUCAUCGUGGAAGUUUUGGCAAGAAAGGAAGCCUACUCCAUUAGGAUUUGACGUCGAGAGCCCUAGUCCCGUCACAAAGCGCUUACAAGACCUUAAGAUGACCUAUGGUGAUCGUCUAAGGAUCCAGGUCGUUGUUGACGAGGAGGGAACUCGCUUCCAGGAUAGGGAUAUUAGCAAUGCCAUUGCAGCAUCGCCAGGAACGGUUGCUUCAUUUAAUGCAGGCUGUCGACUCCACGAUCAAGCAAUGCAUGUUUACGCCAACGAAUUCGCCCUCGCUGAAGGGUCUGGUUGUGUGUGCAAGCCUUCUGAAGGCACCGCUCCCGGGAAAAACUUGUUCAUCGUCUCUGGCCCCGACGGUUUCAUCGAGUACUAUGCCGGGCCCAAGAUAUGGUUAGGUGGCCAGCAGACUCAAGGUCCGAUAUCUGGCAUAGCUGGCUAUCUGCAAAAACAGAACCCUCUCCUGGCAAGAGAUUGGCUAAUCCUCAAGAUGUAAAAUCAUUAUAAGAAUAGUCUCAUAUAAUGUAUUAUAGUUCAAAGCACUCAUAAAGAGGCGCAUACAUCAU